AUGGCUGCAUAUUUUGAAUCUCAAUGCUUCAUUGCAAAAGAAAAAAAAGUUGAGUGUGAUGAACGAUUUGAUAUAUAUAGUCUAGGUGUAUUGCUGUGGGAACUUACCAGUAGGACACAUCCUUUCUCUGACCUAACAAACUAUGCUAUUGCUAUGAAAAUUUCACAUGAUUAUCGAGAGGAGGUAAUUCUUAGCACACCACAAGAAUAUGCAGAUAUUUAUGAGAAAUGUUGGUCCUCUGAACCAGAAAUACAUCCUCAAUUAAAUAAUAUUUUGCUUAAUCUUGAUAGACUGAUUUUAGAACACAAGAAAAAGCAACAAGAAGAACAAAAAAAGUUAAAGAAAAUUAAAGAAAAAGCUAAACAAG